UGCAGGCCGUUAUGUCUCUUGGCAGCAACUAGGAUGCCCGGCCAACUGCCGUGCCCACGUCACCCGCUGUGCUUUGUCGGUAUUGACCUGUAAGCACUCGGCAGCUUCUGCUGAACAUUGUCCUAGGCACACAAAACACACUCACCAAAGAAAGGCACUUCCUGUCAAGAAAGGAGCAAGGCAGCCUACUCGAAACUACAAUACAGCUAGGAAACUAACAACAGCCCAAGGUAGCGCCAAGCAAAAGUGAUGGCUGCCAACCAUGAUCGAAAGAAUGAUGACUGCUACUUUUACUUUUACUCGACGUGCACCAAGGGGGAUGACUGUCCCUUCCGGCACUGCGAAGCAGCUCUGGGCACAGAAACUGUGUGCCCAGCCUGGAAGGAAGGCAACUGCAUGAAGAAGUCGUGCAAGUUCAGGCACAUGGAGAGCAGGAAGAACAGGUCACAAAUCCCGUGUUACUGGGAGAACCAGCCAUCUGGAUGUCGCAAGCCCCACUGCGUUUUCCUGCACAGCCGGCCCCGUGCUGCCAUCCCAGAUGUGCUAGGCGCCCAGAGGGCACCCGGCUUGAUCCUGCCGGUGCCUGCUGCGCCUGUGGUAGCCCCAGAAGCAGCUACCCUAGUGGUGGCCCCUGGGGCCAAGCAGCCUGACCUGACUGCCACCCUUCCCCAAGCCAUUGAACCGGUGGUCGUCAACUUUGAUGAAGGGCGCCACCACGCCGUGUUCCAGGGGUUCCUGCGCCAUGGCAGCGUCUACCUGGGUCGACCCGGCUGGCAUUGAGCGGAGGAGACCCGCAGCUGCCAACUGUAUCGCUUCUCUCACCUCUUUUUUCCCUUCCUCCUCCUCCCCGUGCCUCCCUUCUAACGAUACCCUUCUUUCUGUUCCCCUCCUGCCCUCUUUUCUCGUCUUCAAAAGAACGAGCGCGUCGGUUAGCAGACGCAUCGCGCCCUCCCUCGUUCCCUUCUGCUUCCCGCGGUCGACCAGAGUGUGCCGUUACCAGCUGGCGUCGUGGAGUUCCCUGGUGGUCCAUGUGGUCUGCUACCGCUCGGGGCGCCGCGGGUGGACUAGAGGGCGUCAGUGGCGGCGGGGACCUCGGCGCACUCGCGAACGAGACGUCGUUCUUGAGACAUAUGAGCGCGUGCGCCGAUUUUGACCUCGCUCGCCGCCUCUGAUGCGUUCUAACUCCGGUGCUUGUCGCUCGUCGGCGGCUUCGAGCGCGAGUCUGGCACGUUUAGCGGGCUCCGUAGCCGAUGAUUGACUCUGAUGCCCCCUAGUGGGUGUGUGCAUAGCCUCACCCAACUAGUAGGCCCAGUGGCUUGCUGACGAGCGAAACUGUUUCGACAGCUGCGGCAAGAGUAGGGGUGCCAGAGCUCCCGCUUCCAAGGGCGCUGCUUGGGACUGAUGUCGAGCCAGAAGAGUGCGUUCUUCUGCGUCCGCUAGCUGCGUCCGAAGAAGACUGGUGGAGUGGAUGUGGUUGAAAUGAAAAUGCGUUUCCUGUUUUGGCGAGCCGGAGGCUGCUCGGCAUGCUGUGUUUCGCACACUUUUUUUUCCCCCCUUGUCGAGUCCGUGACGGGACUCCAAUGCAGGGAUGCCUCGUUUGUUCCUUUCUCUGUGCGCGUUUGCUUCUUUCCUCCGGGACAAGUGAGACGUUCCCUGAGCCCGCGCUCGUAGUUUGCGAGAAUCUCAUGCGCGUUCCUUUCGAGCUUUCAACCGACUGUUGCGGCAGCAGCUCCGAACGCUCAUGCGGGUCAGCAUUCCCCGUAACUAAGCGCCUCAACCUAACCCCGGUGGAUGAGUCUCAAUGCCUUUUUUUUUUUUAAUGUUGCACAAGCUGUUAGUAUCUUUGUGUGUUUCUCGUUGAGUCUUCGUUCCUUCGCUGUCCCUACCAACAACGACGCGGCCCGACAAGCAUCGUGAACAUGCGUCCGAGUUCUCUGCUCUGUGCCUCCCUGCCUCCUCCUGCCCUCCUUUCUGUGUCACGUGACCCCUCACACGAAAAAAAAAAAGGCGCUUGCUAUAUGCUGGACGUCACUAACAGAACCGAAGAGAAUGCAAGCUGUUUGUACAUAACAAUAAAAAAAUACAAGAAUCAUCAGGCCACGUA